AUGUUUGACUGCACCCCGGAUACAGCACGUUUAGAGCAGAUGAGUCAAAUAAUUAGAUAUGUAAAAAUUGUGGAUGGAGAGUGUGUAAUAGAAGAAAGCUUUGUUGACUUUAUCAUAAGUCAUCAGAAAACUGGAAGAGGUUUAUCUGAAGAAAUAUUGGACAAGCUGAUGAACGACGGCUUAGAUAUCCAGAACUGUCGGGGGCAAGGCUUCGAUAACGGUGCAAAUAUGGCUGGAAAAUAUGAAGGUGUCCAAGCUCAUAUAUGCCAGCUGAACGACCUUGCCAAAUUUAUUCCUUGUUCAGCUCAUAGCUUGAACCUAGUUGGCGUGCACGCAGCAGAAGUGUCAGUUCUAAUGAUGAAUUUUUUUGGAAAAGUGUUGGAGUUUUUUAAUUUCUUUAGUAGUUCUACAAUACGUUGGGAAGCCUUACUUGAUUGUGUAAAAACUACCCUGAAGAGACAUUGUGAGACAAGAUGGUCUUCUAGACGACAAGCCGUUACAGCACUGCAGAAGAACUUGCCAUCAGUAUUUAAGGUGCUACAAAACAUGGCCGAUAGAAGCAACAAUUGGAACUCUGACACUACAUGUGGUGCUACAAACCUGUUAAGACAAAUUGAUUUCGAAUUUGUAUGCCUCCUAGAGAUUUGGACUGAUGUGUUGAUCAGUUUGGACUGUACCAACAAAUCACUACAAGGAAAGACUGUCACUCUUGAUGUAGCAUCAAGUUUACUAUCUGGCUUGGCAAAACAGAUUCAACAUCUACGAGAACAAGGUGUACAAAAGUACAUAGACAAUGCCAAACUAAUCUGUACUUCUAUGUCCAUCGACAGCAGUUUUGCCGAAAAACGACUAAGAAGGGUCAAGAAAAUGUCUGGGGAGAUGGCUGAAGAUGAAGCGCAUUUAAUUAGCUCUGAAAAAAUCUUUGAAAGAGAGUGCUACUCUGUAUUUGACAAACUUAUGAGUGAAAUGGAUAACAGAUCCCAUAUUUAUCACAACAUUUCUUCUGACUUCAGUUUCUUGUCUGGCAAAUCUUUAAGUAGGAACUCUGUAUGUGACCUUCAAAAAUGUGCAGCGGACUUGGGUGUCAAAUACAGCAGAGACAUUGACACUUUUGAACUAGUAAAUGAAGUAGCUGCUUUUAAGUUCCAGGCAAAAGAGCUUGUAAAAGACUUGGAGAAGGCAUCUCACUUGGAUCUCUUAAAGGCCAUUUCAAAAUACGAGUUGAAAGAUGCUUAUCCAAAUGUAGAAAUAUCCUUACGGAUAUUUUUAACGAUGCCUGUCAGUGUUGCAUCUUGCGAGCGUAGUUUCAGCAAGCUCAAGAUAAUUAAAAACUACUUGAGAUCGAGCAUGUGCGAAACUCGACUGACAAAUUUGGCAAUUUUAUCAAUCGAGUAUGACAGAGCAUCCAAAAUUGAUUUCAAUGAAGUAAUCAAUGAGUUUGCUCUCGUUAAAGCAAGGAAAGUGCAAUUAUUGUAA